CGUCGGCGGGUCCCCCGGCGCGGGGGCGAGGGUGCCAGGCUCUCUGGGUCCCAGAUCCUGGGGCAGCCGCGGAGGUUCCUGAACCCCGCGCCUUCAGAGCGGACGCCAAGGGGGCACCUGGAAAGUUUGGGGUUGCUCUGCAGAGAGAACUCGAAUUGGGAAGGGCGGGGAGCCCGAGUUUGAGGGGAGCCAGAGGGUGAAAUCAGGGGAUCAAAGGUGGGCUCUGCUGUCCUGGGUGUGGCCCUGGGUAGAGCCCUCCCACCGGUCUUUCCCCAGCUGUCCUCUCUGACACCACCCCGGCCUGCCUCUUUGUUGCCAUGAGAGCUGCCUACCUCUUCCUGCUAUUCCUGCCUGGCCUGCUGGCUCAGGGCCAGUAUGACCUGGACCCGCUGCCGCCGUUCCCUGACCACGUCCAGUACACCCACUAUAGCGACCAGAUCGACAACCCAGACUACUAUGAUUAUCAAGAGGUGACUCCUCGGCCCUCCGAGGAACAGUUCCAGUUCCAGUCCCAGCAGCAAGUCCAACAGGAAGUCAUCCCAGCCCCAACCCCAGAACCAGGCAAUGCAGAGCUGGAGCCCACAGAGCCUGGGCCUCUUGACUGCCGUGAGGAACAGUACCCGUGCACCCGCCUCUACUCCAUACACAGGCCUUGCAAACAGUGUCUCAACGAGGUCUGCUUCUACAGCCUCCGCCGUGUGUACGUCAUUAACAAGGAGAUCUGUGUCCGUACAGUGUGUGCCCACGAGGAGCUCCUCCGAGCUGACCUCUGUCGGGACAAGUUCUCCAAAUGUGGCGUGAUGGCCAGCAGUGGCCUGUGCCAAUCUGUGGCGGCCUCCUGUGCCAGGAGCUGUGGGAGCUGCUAGGGUGGUGCUGGCAUCCUGAGUCCUGGCCCUCCUGGGAUCUGGGGCCCUUGGGCCCUGCCUGACCUGGUGCUUUUUUCCCCAUCCCCAUGUUCCUUUUAUUCUGUAAAAACUUAGUGGACUGCAGCCCUGGGGGUUGCAGGCUGCGGUGCCUCAGGCCCCUCCUUCAGCCUGUGGCCACCUCUGGGGCACGAUGGGGGCUCCCCACUGCCCAGUCUGCCCCUCGGGUUGGGGGGGCAUCCCAGGCCUCUCUGUGGGACCUGGGCCCCUGAUGGGCCUUCUCAGCCCGUUUUGAGGACAGACAGUCCCCCACUCACAGUCCCCCGAGGUAGGCUACGCCCCCCCCCACCCCAGCUGGUCUGCUUGGAUUUCCUACAGCCCCCCUGGGCAUGGACCACCUUUAUUUUAUACAAAAUUAAAAACAAGUUUUUACAAAA